CGAUGGCUUUUGUCGGAACUUAUGGGGUUUCGAUUGAAGGUGGUGCGCACAACUAUGUCCAAGGGAGCCAAACCAUCAAUUAUACGACGCAAGUGAUACAACAAGAGGAGGAGAAACGUACGGUAUAUGAUGAGUUCCCUGAGAUCCGACGGGGACUUAUCCGCAGGCUCCGAGACUUUCAUCGCGAAGAUCUCUCAAUGCGUUGGAAUUACAAGUUGGAACGAUCUGAUGUAGAAUUUAGGGUCGAGAAAACGAUCAGCACUGCAGAAAUUUAUGGCGAUAGCUCGAGGUUUACAGUGGUGGCAUAUAAAGGACAAGAUGCGGAAAAGGCGUGGAAAAAAGAUUUUCAACGGUUUUCUGAAGUUACGGAUUCGACUAACAUGCAGCUGUUCGGUAUCAACCGGUCAAGUGUUCCUCUGUUGCUAUUCCACGGAGAGCUCGUGCCUCUCUCCCAUUUUUGGGAGAGAUUGGGAUUCUUCGGACGAAGUUAUGUCACCACAUUGGGGUGGAGGAUGGGCUGUGAACGAUCUCAGAUGUGGAUGGAUCCACAGCAGGGGACUUUGAUACGUGGACUGGAGGGGCCCGGUCACAAGCCACGCCAUUAUGGGUGGUUAAGUUUCAGGCCGUUGCAGUCGACCGUCGAAUUCCUCGAGGAUGAUGUUUGCUUGCGCCACCUCUCUCGUCGGCCAUUGAUCAAGGGUUUCGACUUGGACGUCAUCGCUGUGCUCCACCUGGCGUCCGUGGUGAAAAGAGAGAUACCUCCCGCUACUAAUCGACCGUAUGUUGUUUCAAGUCUGACCAGCUCCCCAAUCGCGAUCGGAAGUGGGGUCUGGACAGAUGACGACUGCUACUUUGAUUCUGGCGUAGUGAUGCCAGAUGGAAGAACAAGUAGAUUCAACCUCACAGGUCGUGAAGGAUCAUUUUCUUUACGGCCCGAUCCAUGUGACGACAACUGUGCCUGGCUCUCGCAAGCUUGGAGUGUCUACCACGAACUUGGAGUGUCAUCGAACCAAGACCUAUCCCAAUUUAAGCUUAUCCAACCAGCAAUCUGGCUGAAUGGACUAAUCGAGGAAUCCGCAGUCAAACGGCAACGACGAUUGGAGGGUCCACCAAUUUACUUCUUCCUUCACCCAUUCCGUCUCUUUACUCCACUCGAACCUGGUUCAGCCGUGUGUAUACACACCUGGUCUUUCGACGAGAACGGUCGAACAUCCAUCCCACACGCAUACUGCCAUUACCUCGGUCUACCCACCAAGCUCCGAGUGGAAAGAAUAACAUGUUAUGAACACUCCUACUCCACCGAGACGUACAAAUACAUCAGGGAAUGGCAGGUCGCAAGAGGCUUCAACCCAAGCACGACCGAUUUCACGCGCUACAUGGGAUAUCCCAUCUACAAAGUUGUGCCACCAGAGCCGGUCAGGUUCGAAGAACUAACCACUGGUGGAGAAUCCUUAAGGAUCUGAAGCGGGAAGUAAAACUUGAUGCGGCAAAUCAUCGACGAGUUCAUUAGCCCAAACAAAUCUCAGAGUUCAGGGAUCUCAAAGAGAUUUACUUAUCUUUACAUCUGGGUUCCCGACAGACGGGCAUUACAAUACAACGACCCAGACCA